AUGACGUCCGAAGCCUCGCUGCCCAGCUGUGUGAGUGGUGGACCAACAAUGACUAGCGACGCGGUGGUGCGCACAAGUCUGACCUGGAUCAAGCAGGUGGUGGGCCGGGGUGCGGCGGGACGCCUGGCCGGCGGAGGGACUUUCCAUCACGGAUUGGAGAGGGAAAUUUUGUGCAAAAGGCAGGAAUUCCACAGAUAUUCCUCCCUUGCUGCCGGGCCAAAUCAUGGUGGCAAGGCCAGAACAAUUGGGACCAAGCAGACCAGUUGGCACACAGUGCGCACCCCCUGCAGGAUGCUGACUCAGGACAACUCGUCUAUGGGGAGGCUGACAGCGGAGGACAUGGACAAGGCGAGGCGUGCUAAGACAGCACACCUGGAGCCCUACAAGCAAGUGCUUGGUGAAAACGCAAGAGCGAGGAAAGUGCCCAUCACUCGUUUUGGACGCCUGAUGAGUUUUGGAGGCCUUGCUGUUGGACUCGGAAUCGGUGCCAUUGCUGAAGUAGCCAAAAAGACGUUCAAACCCAAACAACAACAAGGCCAUAAAAAGUCUGUCCUGGACUCCAACGCCUUCCUGUCUGAAGCUAACGCUGAGAGAAUCGUGCGGACGCUGUGCAAAGUUCGAGGAGCUGCACUUAAAAUAGGACAGAUGCUCAGUAUUCAAGACGAAGCCUUCAUGAACCCUCAACUAGCCAAAAUUUUCGAGCGUGUUCGACAGAGCGCUGACUUCAUGCCCACCAAACAGAUGAUGAAGGUGAUCAGCGGAGACCUCGGUCCGGACUGGCGGGAACAGCUGGAAUACUUUGAGGAGAAGCCAUUUGCAGCCGCCUCCAUCGGCCAAGUGCAUCUGGCAAGGCUGAAAGAUGGCAGAAGCGUCGCCAUGAAGGUUCAGUACCCUGGGGUGUCCAAGAGUAUCGAAAGUGAUGUGAACAACAUCAUGACAGCUCUGAGUUUAAGCAAAGCACUGCCGGAAGGUCUGUUCCCUGAGCAUCUGAUGGAAGUCAUGAGCAGAGAGCUGGCGCUGGAAUGCGAUUACGUCAAAGAGGCCAAAUGUUGCAAAAAGUUCCAAGAGCUUCUUAAGGAGCACCCGUUCUUCUACGUGCCUGACGUGAUCGACGAAUUGAGCGGCCGUCAUGUGCUCACCACCACCCUGGUGAGUGGCUUCCCGCUCGACAGGGCUGCAAACCUCCCGCAGGAACUCAGGAACGAGAUCUGUGAGCAGAUCCUCAUUUUGUGCCUGAGGGAACUUUUUGAGUUCCGCUUCAUGCAGACUGAUCCCAACUGGUCCAAUUUCUUCUACGACCCACAAACGCACAAAGUGGCGCUGUUGGACUUUGGUGCCACGCGGGAAUUUGAUAAAAGUUUCACAGACAUCUACAUUGAGGUAAUCAACGCAGCUGCACAUCAAAACAGAGAAGAGGUGCUGCAAAGAUCCAGAGACAUGAAGUUCCUCACCGGAUUCGAAUCAAAGGCGAUGGAGAAGGCCCAUGUGGACGCCGUGAUGAUUUUGGGCGAGGCCUUUUCUUCCACGCGGCCGUUCGAUUUCGGCGAACAGAGCACUACGGAGCGCAUCCACCGGCUCAUCCCAGUGAUGCUUCGCCAACGCCUCACACCGCCUCCCGAAGAGACGUACUCGUUGCACCGCAAGAUGGGUGGUUCCUUUUUGGUAUGCUCCAAGCUCAAGGCCCGAGUGUCGUGCAGAGACAUGUUCCAAAAGGCCUACGAGCACUACUGGCAGGACGAACGGCCUGCCUGA